AUGGAGCCUGAGGCACACUGUGGAGGAAACAUGAGGGCAGCCAAUGAAGACGCAGGUGCUGUGGCCUCUGCAGCGGACACAGCAUGUGGCAGCCACAGCGUGCCGGGUGGUGCUGGUGGCCAGGAUGACCCUGGCGACCCAGCUCGCCCUGGUGAUGCCAUCAUUCAUGGAGUUCCUGGGGGCGUCGGUGACCUGAAUAAUCCCAGAGGCCCCAGCACUGCAGGAGAGUCAGAUGGCACAGUCGGUGUCAUUCCACAGUUCCCGGGGGCACCCCAAGUUCCAGGGCCUGGUCGAGACGCUGCACCCAGAGCCGCAAUUCUGAGUAACCGCCCCCUCCAGUUCAGCCUCACUGUGCCUUUCUCAUCACACGAGGAGGCGGACAACGCCCGUCACUUCCUGACUCGACUUACUCAACUGCGAGGGCCGAUUCGGAAGGAGCUCGGUGUUAAUGGCCGCAUGCUGGUUCUCCGAUUGACUGCUGAAGACCAUGCCCUUCUCCAGAGGUCCAUCGCCUUCUGUCUGGACCAGCUUUCCCUGGUGAUGUGGUCCUUGCAGCACUUUGUGCCCCCCGUUUUUGCUAAGCCUCAGCAGGGAAGAGGGGGUUAA